AUGUGCACGCAGAAUGCAGUUGAGUAUGAAGUGGCCAGGCACCUAAAACAUCACGUGUUUGAUUGGGCCAUCUCCCAGGUUGGUCUCCUUUUACGAGCUGACAAACUGGAAGACGACAUACUACGAGAUAGUACAGAGGGCGAGAAACAUACAGUGGAAGCGGCCUGUACAUCUGUGUCAUUGGUGGCUGGUCAUGGUGGACAGGGCGAGAAACAUACAGUGGAAGCGGCCUGUACAUCUGUGUCAUUGGUGGCUGGUCAUGGUGGACAGGGCGAGAAACAUACAGUGGAAGCGGCCUGUACAUCUGUGUCAUUGGUGGCUGGUCAUGGUGGACAGGGCGAGAAACAUACAGUGGAAGCGGCCUGUACAUCUGUGUCAUUGGUGGCUGGUCAUGGUGGACAGGGCGAGAAACAUACAGUGGAAGCGACCUGUACAUCUGUGUCAUUGGUGGUUGGUCAUGGUGGACAGGGCGAGAAACAUACAGUGGAAGCGACCUGUACAUCUGUGUCAUUGGUGGUUGGUCAUGGUGGACAGGGCAAGAAACAUACAGUGGAAGCGGCCCGUAUAUCUGUGUCAUUGGUGGCUGGUCAUGGUGGACAGGGCGAGAAACAUACAGUGGAAGCGGCCUGUACAUCUGUGUCAUUGGUGGCUGGUCAUGGUGGACAGGGCGAGAAACAUACAGUGGAAGCGGCCUGUACAUCUGUGUCAUUGGUGGCUGGUCAUGGUGGACAGGGCGAGAAACAUACAGUGGAAGCGGCCUGUACAUCUGUGUCAUUGGUGGCUGGUCAUGGUGGACAGGGCGAGAAACAUACAGUGGAAGCGGCCUGUACAUCUGUGUCAUUGGUGGCUGGUCAUGGUGGACAGGGCGAGAAACAUACAGUGGAAGCGGCCUGUACAUCUGUGUCAUUGGUGGCUGGUCAUGGUGGACAGGGCGAGAAACAUACAGUGGAAGCGGCCUGUACAUCUGUGUCAUUGGUGGCUGGUCAUGGUGGACAGGGCGAGAAACAUACAGUGGAAGCGGCCUGUACAUCUGUGUCAUUGGUGGCUGGUCAUGGGGGACAGGGCGAGAAACAUACAGUGGAAGCGGCCUGUACAUCUGUGUCAUUGGUGGCUGGUCAUGGUGGACAGGGCGAGAAACAUACAGUGGAAGCGGCCUGUACAUCUGUGUCAUUGGUGGCUGGUCAUGGUGGACAGGGCGAGAAACAUACAGUGGAAGCGGCCUGUAUAUCUGUGUCAUUGGUGGCUGGUCAUGGUGGACAGGGCGAGAAACAUACAGUGGAAGCGGCCUGUACAUCUGUGUCAUUGGUGGCUGGUCAUGGUGGACAGGGCGAGAAACAUACAGUGGAAGCGGCCUGUACAUCUGUGCCAUUGGUGGCUGGUCAUGGGGGACAGGGCGAGAAACAUACAGUGGAAGCGGCCUGUACAUCUGUGUCAUUGGUGGCUGGUCAUGGUGGACAGGGCGAGAAACAUACAGUGGAAGCGGCCUGUACAUCUGUGUCAUUGGUGGCUGGUCAUGGUGGACAGGGCGAGAAACAUACAGUGGAAGCGGCCUGUAUAUCUGUGUCAUUGGUGGCUGGUCAUGGUGGACAGGGCGAGAAACAUACAGUGGAAGCGGCCUGUACAUCUGUGUCAUUGGUGGCUGGUCAUGGUGGACAGGGCGAGAAACAUACAGUGGAAGCGGCCUGUACAUCUGUGUCAUUGGUGGCUGGUCAUGGUGGACAGGGCGAGAAACAUACAGUGGAAGCGGCCUGUACAUCUGUGUCAUUGGUGGCUGGUCAUGGUGGACAGGGCGAGAAACAUACAGUGGAAGCGGCCUGUACAUCUGUGUCAUUGGUGGCUGGUCAUGGUGGACAGGGCGAGAAACAUACAGUGGAAGCGGCCUGUAUAUCUGUGUCAUUGGUGGCUGGUCAUGGUGGACAGGGCGAGAAACAUACAGUGGAAGCGGCCUGUACAUCUGUGUCAUUGGUGGCUGGUCAUGGUGGACAGGGCGAGAAACAUACAGUGGAAGCGGCCUGUACAUCUGUGUCAUUGGUGGUUGGUCAUGGUGGACAGGGCGAGAAACAUACAGUGGAAGCGGCCCGUAUAUCUGUGUCAUUGGUGGCUGGUCAUGGUGGACAGGGCGAGAAACAUACAGUGGAAGCGGCCUGUACAUCUGUGUCAUUGGUGGCUGGUCAUGGUGGACAGGGCGAGAAACAUACAGUGGAAGCGGCCUGUACAUCUGUGUCAUUGGUGGCUGGUCAUGGUGGACAGGGCGAGAAACAUACAGUGGAAGCGGCCUGUACAUCUGUGUCAUUGGUGGCUGGUCAUGGUGGACAGGGCCAGAAACAUACAGUGGAAGCGGCCUGUACAUCUGUGUCAUUGGUGGCUGGUCAUGGUGGACAGGGCGAGAAACAUACAGUGGAAGCGGCCUGUACAUCUGUGUCAUUGGUGGCUGGUCAUGGUGGACAGGGCGAGAAACAUACAGUGGAAGCGGCCUGUACAUCUGUGUCAUUGGUGGCUGGUCAUGGUGGACAGGGCGAGAAACAUACAGUGGAAGCGGCCUGUACAUCUGUGUCAUUGGUGGCUGGUCAUGGUGGACAGGGCGAGAAACAUACAGUGGAAGCGGCCUGUACAUCUGUGUCAUUGGUGGCUGGUCAUGGUGGACAGGGCGAGAAACAUACAGUGGAAGCGGCCUGUACAUCUGUGUCAUUGGUGGCUGGUCAUGGUGGACAGGGCGAGAAACAUACAGUGGAAGCGGCCUGUACAUCUGUGUCAUUGGUGGCUGGUCAUGGUGGACAGGGCGAGAAACAUACAGUGGAAGCGGCCUGUACAUCUGUGUCAUUGGUGGCUGGUCAUGGUGGACAGGGCGAGAAACAUAUAGUGGAAGCGGCCUGUACAUCUGUGUCAUUGGUGGCUGGUCAUGGUGGACAGGGCGAGAAACAUACAGUGGAAGCGGCCUGUACAUCUGUGUCAUUGGUGGCUGGUCAUGGUGGACAGGGCGAGAAACAUACAGUGGAAGCGGCCUGUACAUCUGUGUCAUUGGUGGCUGGUCAUGGUGGACAGGGCGGGAAACAUACAGUGGAAGCGGCCUGUACAUCUGUGUCAUUGGUGGCUGGUCAUGGUGGACAGGGCGAGAAACAUACAGUGGAAGCGGCCUGUACAUCUGUGUCAUUGGUGGCUGGUCAUGGUGGACAGGGCGAGAAACAUACAGUGGAAGCGGCCUGUACAUCUGUGUCAUUGGUGGCUGGUCAUGGUGGACAGGGCGAGAAACAUACAGUGGAAGCGGCCUGUACAUCUGUGUCAUUGGUGGCUGGUCAUGGUGGACAGGGCGAGAAACAUACAGUGGAAGCGGCCUGUACAUCUGUGUCAUUGGUGGCUGGUCAUGGUGGACAGGGCGAGAAACAUACAGUGGAAGCGACCUGUACAUCUGUGUCAUUGGUGGUUGGUCAUGGUGGACAGGGCGAGAAACAUACAGUGGAAGUGACCUGUACAUCUGUGUCAUUGGUGGUUGGUCAUGGUGGACAGGGCGAGAAACAUACAGUGGAAGCGGCCCGUAUAUCUGUGUCAUUGGUGGCUGGUCAUGGUGGACAGGGCGAGAAACAUACAGUGGAAGCGGCCUGUACAUCUGUGUCAUUGGUGGCUGGUCAUGGUGGACAGGGCGAGAAACAUACAGUGGAAGCGGCCUGUACAUCUGUGUCAUUGGUGGCUGGUCAUGGUGGACAGGGCGAGAAACAUACAGUGGAAGCGGCCUGUACAUCUGUGUCAUUGGUGGCUGGUCAUGGUGGACAGGGCGAGAAACAUACAGUGGAAGCGGCCUGUACAUCUGUGUCAUUGGUGGCUGGUCAUGGUGGACAGGGCGAGAAACAUACAGUGGAAGCGGCCUGUACAUCUGUGUCAUUGGUGGCUGGUCAUGGUGGACAGGGCGAGAAACAUACAGUGGAAGCGGCCUGUACAUCUGUGUCAUUGGUGGCUGGUCAUGGUGGACAGGGCGAGAAACAUACAGUGGAAGCGGCCUGUACAUCUGUGUCAUUGGUGGCUGGUCAUGGUGGACAGGGCGAGAAACAUACAGUGGAAGCGGCCUGUACAUCUGUGUCAUUGGUGGCUGGUCAUGGGGGACAGGGCGAGAAACAUACAGUGGAAGCGGCCUGUACAUCUGUGUCAUUGGUGGCUGGUCAUGGUGGACAGGGCGAGAAACAUACAGUGGAAGCGGCCUGUACAUCUGUGUCAUUGGUGGCUGGUCAUGGUGGACAGGGCGAGAAACAUACAGUGGAAGCGGCCUGUAUAUCUGUGUCAUUGGUGGCUGGUCAUGGUGGACAGGGCGAGAAACAUACAGUGGAAGCGGCCUGUACAUCUGUGUCAUUGGUGGCUGGUCAUGGUGGACAGGGCGAGAAACAUACAGUGGAAGCGGCCUGUACAUCUGUGCCAUUGGUGGCUGGUCAUGGGGGACAGGGCGAGAAACAUACAGUGGAAGCGGCCUGUACAUCUGUGUCAUUGGUGGCUGGUCAUGGUGGACAGGGCGAGAAACAUACAGUGGAAGCGGCCUGUACAUCUGUGUCAUUGGUGGCUGGUCAUGGUGGACAGGGCGAGAAACAUACAGUGGAAGCGGCCUGUAUAUCUGUGUCAUUGGUGGCUGGUCAUGGUGGACAGGGCGAGAAACAUACAGUGGAAGCGGCCUGUACAUCUGUGUCAUUGGUGGCUGGUCAUGGUGGACAGGGCGAGAAACAUACAGUGGAAGCGGCCUGUACAUCUGUGUCAUUGGUGGCUGGUCAUGGGGGACAGGGCGAGAAACAUACAGUGGAAGCGGCCUGUACAUCUGUGUCAUUGGUGGCUGGUCAUGGUGGACAGGGCGAGAAACAUACAGUGGAAGCGGCCUGUACAUCUGUGUCAUUGGUGGCUGGUCAUGGUGGACAGGGCGAGAAACAUACAGUGGAAGCGGCCUGUAUAUCUGUGUCAUUGGUGGCUGGUCAUGGUGGACAGGGCGAGAAACAUACAGUGGAAGCGGCCUGUACAUCUGUGUCAUUGGUGGCUGGUCAUGGUGGACAGGGCGAGAAACAUACAGUGGAAGCGGCCUGUACAUCUGUGUCAUUGGUGGUUGGUCAUGGUGGACAGGGCGAGAAACAUACAGUGGAAGCGGCCCGUAUAUCUGUGUCAUUGGUGGCUGGUCAUGGUGGACAGGGCGAGAAACAUACAGUGGAAGCGGCCUGUACAUCUGUGUCAUUGGUGGCUGGUCAUGGUGGACAGGGCGAGAAACAUACAGUGGAAGCGGCCUGUACAUCUGUGUCAUUGGUGGCUGGUCAUGGUGGACAGGGCGAGAAACAUACAGUGGAAGCGGCCUGUACAUCUGUGUCAUUGGUGGCUGGUCAUGGUGGACAGGGCGAGAAACAUACAGUGGAAGCGGCCUGUACAUCUGUGUCAUUGGUGGCUGGUCAUGGUGGACAGGGCGAGAAACAUACAGUGGAAGCGGCCUGUACAUCUGUGUCAUUGGUGGCUGGUCAUGGUGGACAGGGCGAGAAACAUAUAGUGGAAGCGGCCUGUACAUCUGUGUCAUUGGUGGCUGGUCAUGGUGGACAGGGCGAGAAACAUACAGUGGAAGCGGCCUGUACAUCUGUGUCAUUGGUGGCUGGUCAUGGUGGACAGGGCGAGAAACAUACAGUGGAAGCGGCCUGUACAUCUGUGUCAUUGGUGGCUGGUCAUGGUGGACAGGGCGAGAAACAUACAGUGAAAGCGGCCUGUACAUCUGUGUCAUUGGUGGCUGGUCAUGGUGGACAGGGCGAGAAACAUACAGUGGAAGCGGCCUGUACAUCUGUGUCAUUGGUGGCUGGUCAUGGUGGACAGGGCGAGAAACAUACAGUGGAAGCGGCCUGUACAUCUGUGUCAUUGGUGGCUGGUCAUGGUGGACAGGGCGAGAAACAUACAGUGGAAGCGGCCUGUACAUCUGUGUCAUUGGUGGCUGGUCAUGGUGGACAGGGCGAGAAACAUACAGUGGAAGCGGCCUGUACAUCUGUGUCAUUGGUGGCUGGUCAUGGUGGACAGGGCGAGAAACAUACAGUGGAAGCGGCCUGUACAUCUGUGUCAUUGGUGGCUGGUCAUGGUGGACAGGGCGAGAAACAUACAGUGGAAGCGGCCUGUACAUCUGUGUCAUUGGUGGCUGGUCAUGGUGGACAGGGCGAGAAACAUACAGUGGAAGCGGCCUGUACAUCUGUGUCAUUGGUGGCUGGUCAUGGUGGACAGGGCGAGAAACAUACAGUGGAAGCGGCCUGUACAUCUGUGUCAUUGGUGGCUGGUCAUGGUGGACAGGGCGAGAAACAUACAGUGGAAGCGGCCUGUACAUCUGUGUCAUUGGUGGCUGGUCAUGGUGGACAGGGCGAGAAACAUACAGUGGAAGCGGCCUGUCCUGGCUGA